AUGGGCUGUGUGAAGCCCAUCACACAGCCUGUUAACAUUCGUGGAACUGACUGGUGGGAAUUGGGCGCUAACCGUGACCGAAAAUCACUAGGUGGGGCCAGGGAUCCUCACCGAAGCCAUCCCAGCCAAUCAGAUCGCAGAUCACCGAACCUGCGGAUCGUCCUCGCCAGCAGCGCUACCCUCACCGUCCAUCCCAAUCCAACGGCCCAAAUUUCCCCGCCGCCCGUGCCAGCGCCUCCCGAAAAUUUUCGGCAUCCCUCCGUGCCCGCCCAAGAACACCCUCUGCCACCAGUACAAAUAAACGCAAAUCCUCCUCCCACGGCAGACCGCAUCGCAGCUUGCAAUCCCCCAUCCCCCGCCCAAAUCCUCCUCCAAUCUCCCAAGCCGGCACCGAUGGCCCGCACGAAGCAGACGGCGCGCAAGUCGACAGGCGGCAAGGCGCCGCGGAAGCAGCUGGCGACGAAGGCGGCGCGCAAGUCGGCCCCCGCCACCGGCGGCGUGAAGAAGCCGCACCGGUUUCGCCCGGGCACGGUGGCGCUGCGUGAGAUCCGCAAGUACCAGAAGAGCACGGAGCUGCUGAUCCGGAAGCUCCCCUUCCAGCGGCUGGUGCGGGAGAUCGCGCAGGACUUCAAGACGGACCUCCGGUUCCAGUCCUCCGCCGUGGCGGCGCUGCAGGAGGCCGCCGAGGCAUACCUCGUGGGCCUCUUCGAGGACACCAACCUCUGCGCCAUCCACGCCAAGCGCGUCACCAUCAUGCCCAAGGACAUCCAGCUCGCCCGCCGCAUCAGGGGCGAGAGGGCCUGA